AUGGGCCCAGCGCAGUCUCGACUUCCCAACGCUCGAGCGCUAUCAAACCCUACCAAGAAGGACGGAUGGCUUGGAUCAUGGCGAGAGACUCGUCAAGGUAUCAAGACCACGCUCGGCUACAAUGUCUCCACCGUUCGCGACGAGAUACCUCCCGAGAACAUCUUCACACCUAUACAACAAGAUGACAUCCUUCCGCAAGUGCCUAUCGGGCGUCAUCACCCAGUGCCUAGAACGGGAGUGGAGGAUGACGACAGGACGACCAUGCAUACCAACAAGUUCUACGCCAAUGCAUUUCUAGGACAGCAGAAUCAGCCUAUCUGGACGCACCCUUACUCGAUCUGGUGGGGGAAAUGGAUACUAGAUGUCGGAAUGGUGCAGACAUGGGGCAUGUGUAUAACUCAUAUUGAAGAAAGGGAUUUAGUGUUUGAGCCUGGGGAUCCUGUAGAAGGCUACAUCAACCCACUUCACAAGCAGCAUCUCGUCCUCAGCGCGGUCGAACUCGAUACGCAAACGACUCUUACUACAGAUAACCAUCUCCCGUUUUCUGUCAACAUCAACCUCAACGCGCACUCUACAGCUCAGGAGCCUAAGAUCACUUUCCCCGUUGUGCAGGGCAUGAGUUUCAUCACGGCUGGAUACCGAGGCGCAACACCCAUGAUACAAACAGGCGGCCGCGGCUUUGUGGAUCUGGUCGGACCAAUUGUCAUGACACCACGUACGGUCAAGUAUCGUCUGAAGGACAAGAACGGGCAAUGCUGGAUCAUGUACGUCAAUCCAGUAGCGAGUCUCGAUUACAAUGCCACAAGAUUCGUCAGACUCAAUCCGAACACGAUGCUUGGUCCACCAGCCUUCAAAGGCACAAUCCAAGUAGCCAAAAACCCUCUUGGCGCCGAAGGAGAAGCCAUGUACGACCGAGCCAGCGGCGCAUUCGUCUGCGAAGCCAAGCUCACAGCCGUAGUCCCAGACGGCAAAGGUAUAUACACUUUCCGCUACACCAAAAUUGGCACCUCACCGCUGCUCAUGUUCGCGCUACCUCACCACAUCGCAUCCCUCGACCCAGAAAUGAGAACCCAAGUCACACACCUACGUCUGCGCACCACAACCAAAGGCAUGGCAACAGCCAUCUGGGGCGACAAACUUACCUUCAUCGAACCCAACCUCCCCAUCACCAUGCACUUCUCUCCAUGGAACCCAACCAUGAGCUCCACCUCCAAAGUGCGAUAUUCCCCUGAAGUCCUCGCCUUUAUCGCCGCAGUCGCAGAACGAGACCUUCGUCGCGCAAUGACCGAACGCAUACCCCAAGACUCUCUAUACUUUGCCGGAAAAUCACUAGCUAAGUUCGCAACUAUCGUAUGGGUUAUCAAAGACGUGCUAAAUCACGAUGCCAUCGCCAACGCCGGCCUCGACAAACUAAAACAAGAACUAAGUAGAUACAUCGACAACGCACAACGCCACCCCUUGUACUACGACGAUAGUUGGAAAGGCGUCGUCUCAGCAGCUGGUUUUCCAGCAGAUCCGCAGGCUGAUUUUGGGAAUACGUAUUACAAUGAUCAUCACUUCCACUAUGCGUAUUUUGUUUACACGGCUGCUGUUGUCGGGUAUUUGAAUCCCGAGUGGUUGGGCCAGGGGGAUAACAGAGUGUGGACGAAUAUGCUAGUAAAGGACUUCGCAGAGAGCGACUAUAAUGGCCGCGACUACCCGUUUUCACGCGCGUUUGACUGGUGGCAUGGACACAGUUGGGCGAAAGGGCUUUUUGAAGCAGCCGAUGGGAAAGAUAUGGAGAGUACAGGUGAAGAUGCUUUUAGCAGUUUUGCAGUGAAGAUGUGGGGAAAGGUUAGCGGGGAUGCUAAUAUGGAGAAGAGAGGUAAUCUCCAACUAGCUAUCCAAGCCCGCUCUUUCAACUCGUACAUAUAUCUCCGGUCGAACAAUACCAACCACCCGGCACGGUACACGCAGAAUAAAGUCGUGGGGAUACUGUUUGAGAAUAAAGUCGACCACGCGACAUACUUCUCCCUAGCGCCCUCCCUAAUCCACGGCAUCCACAUCGUCCCCAUAAACCCCUCAACCUCUCUGAUCCGCCCCCGGGGUUUCGUAAAAGAGGAAUGGGAGGGCUAUUUCACAGAGGGAAGAGCAAAUGUCGAAGGCGGCUGGCGCGGUAUCCUCUAUGCCAACCUUGCCCUGAUUGAUCCCAAAGCAAGUUAUAGUUUCUUCAGAGAUGGGAUCGAUGGGUUUUGGGACGAGCGGUGGAUCGAUGGUGGGGCGAGUAGGACGUGGUAUCUCGUUUGGGCGGCGGCAUUGGGAGAGUUUGCUAAGGCAGGGAGGUGA